CCGGAAAUUUUGUUGGAAAUUUCGGUCAUUUCCUUUUCUACUCGUCGCGGUCUCUAAACUAAUCUACCGAUAAAACAGUAAGAGAAGAAAGCGUUUUAUCAUCUUUUCUGUCGAAGAACAAACAAGUAUUAUUAAUGUACGUUAUUGCUAUGGCGGAGAGGAGCCUUCUGUAACAGAAGAAAAGUCUAAACCCUUGACAACAGCAUAAACAGCCUGCAGCCGCCAUGAGGUGACAAUUGUGACAUUUUGUACCUUUGCUGACGUGGACACAUGGCAAGGAUCACUUUGUCCUGCCUGCCAGCCUCCUGGUACUGCAGUGUGUCCCUGCUGUCUCUGGGCUGCGCCCCAAGACAGAGGCUUCUUCUCCUGCUGCUGCUGCUCAUCACGUCUGCCUUCCUCCUUCUGGAAACCUACCAAAGGCAGCUCUGGGGCACACGGCGACGGCCCCAAGUUAACAAAUACCUCUCCAUCGCUGAGUCCAUGGAGGCUACUGACAUCCUCAACUCUGCUCUGAAUUAUGGCAUCGUGGUUGACUGUGGCAGCAGCGGCUCUAGGGUCUUCGUGUACUACUGGCCCCCCCACAACGGGAACCCCCACACCCUACUGGACAUCAGACAAAUGAGGGACCGGGACCACAACACUGUCGUCAAAAAGAUCAAACCUGGCAUCUCCACUCUGGCAAACAAACCAACACAGGCCAGUGAUUACCUCUAUCCUCUCCUCAGCUUUGCUGCUGCUCAUGUCCCAAAGAACAAACACAAAGAAACGCCGCUCUACAUCCUCUGUACUGCUGGCAUGCGGCUGCUGCCUGAGAGCCAGCAGGCAGACAUUUUGGAGGACCUGGUCACUGAUGUCCCCCUGGAGUUUGAUUUCCUGUUUUCCCGUUCCCACGUUGAAGUCAUCUCUGGGAAACAGGAAGGCGUGUAUGCAUGGAUCGGCAUUAACUUUGUCUUGGGACGCUUCGAUCAUGCUGACGAGGAGGAUGCCACAGUUGAGGUGACAACAGGGUCUCAGAGCCAGCAGCCAAUCAGCAGACGGCGCACAGUGGGCAUCAUGGAUAUGGGUGGAGCUUCACUACAAAUUGCCUAUGAGGUGCCCAGUGCCAUCACCUUCAACUCACCUCAAGAAGAGGAGGCAGGGAAGAGCGUCCUCGCAGAGUUUAAUCUGGGCUGCGAUGUUGAGCACACGCAGCACGUUUACCGAGUGUACGUCACCACGUUCCUGGGCUUUGGAGGAAACAUGGCCAGGCAGCGCUACGAGGACCAGCUCUUCAACAGCACAUUCACCAAGAACAGACUUCUAACCACACAGACAGGCCUGAGUGAGGACAAGCCUUACUUGGACCCCUGCCUGCCAGUCGGAGUGUCGGACACAGCAGUCCGGGACAAUCACACGUUGCACCUGAGGGGUCAGGGCGACUGGGCCAAGUGUCAGGAGGCCGUGCGACCUUUCCUGGGCCUCCACAAUGGCACCAUGUCACCAGGAGGUGUCUAUCAGGCUCCCAUCAACUUCAGCAACAGUGAGUUCUACGGUUUCUCCGAGUUUUACUACUGCAUGGAGGACGUGCUGAGGAUAGGAGGGCAGUACAACAGUGAGAAAUUCUCCAGAGCUCUGAUGGACUACUGCUCCACCAAAUGGUCGACACUGAAACAGCGUCUGGAUGACCAGCUUUUCUCCCAGCAGGCAGACAUCAGCAGACUGAAGUAUCAGUGCUUCAAGUCAGCCUGGAUGUAUGAAGUGCUGCACUCAGGUUUCCGUUUCCCUACCGAUUACCCGAACCUGAAAACAGCCCAACUGGUUUAUGACAAGGAGGUCCAGUGGACUUUGGGGGCCAUCCUGUACAAAACCCGUUUCCUGCCUCUCAGGGACCUGCAGCAGGAAGCACUGCGGCAGAACCACCCCAGCUGGCUGCGCUCCUCUUUCGUCUACAACCACCACCUGUUCUCACUCUGCAUCCUGGUGGUGGUGCUGGCCAUCCUGCUCUACAUCCUGCGCCUGCGGAGGAUCCACCAGCGGGAGCAGCGGCAGGCCGAGGUCCUGAACCUCCUCUGGGUGGAAGAGGGCGAGGCCCUCCUCCCCUAAGAAAUACAUCUGGAACGGGAGGCUCCACACUGAUCACAUACAGGGUCUUAUGUGUGCCUGACUGUGUCUGAAGAAUGUGAGUAUGGAGGACAGCUAAGGAAGGUGGAAAUUACUCAGUGUGACUUGGUAGAUUAUGAUGUAAUAGGAGAGCAGACAAAAACAUCACAGCAUGGAGACAGUUUAAUGAGCCCCGAAAUCACACACCUCCCUGUAUAUCGUUUGAUCGCACAGAGCCCGCCUCAGACUGGAAAGACGUACUCUGGGCUCUCUUUCCUCUCUUCACCACCACUUUGGAUGACAAGAAUCACCCCAGAUUUACAGGAUCAAACCAUUCCUUUUUUUCCUACCAUUCCUUCUAAGAUCUUAUUUCUAGGUUAAAGGCAGUGUGGACAGCUAACCUGGAUGUGGUGUCAUUGUUAAUAUUUCCACUGCUGGGUGAGGGAAAAACAUGGCAGAGAAAAUUUAGCUAUAUUGGUUCACUGAAGGCUUUCAAGAUUGUUCAGCAUCUUUUUAAGGAAAAGUCACCUAAAGGCAGCAGCGGGAAACAUCAAAGUUUGCCCACAACUUCAGCUCUUAAAGGGGACCUAACGAGUUUUUUUUCCCCCUUGUUUUGUCAUAUGUGUACUGUUAAAAUGGUCAGUGUUCACUUCAAAUGUUUCAAAUAAUGAGGUCAGUAAGUGGGCAAGUAAUCUCUGUGAGCCAAAAGCUCAGACUGAUCUAAACACUCAGUUUAACCUUGGUGCUUUCUAUCCUUGUAUGAUGUCAGUGAGAGGGGAUAGCCCUAAUAUGGUCAUCUCAGGCACAUUACUCUGACUGUGGGGACAGAAGCCCCCAUUGGCUUAAAGGGAAGGUGCUUCUCAUUAGAUAGUAAAGGAACUGAGGAGCUCCACCAAGGCCCAGUAUAAGAUAAAUAAGGAUUACUUUGAACUAUGAAUCAUGCAGAGUUACUCUAAUAGAGUCCAUGAAUACAAAUUUAGAGCUUAAAAUGAGCGUACUGGGUCCAGGCAGCCUGGGCUGUACUGUAAGAUUAAUGCGAGCAUAGCUGAGAGUAGGCAGAAGUCAGUGUUGUUGUCUGCAGGCUGAAUGAGUGCCAGAUGUUUAUAUGGACCACCCAUCAUGAGAAAUGGGUUGUGUACAUAUAUGACUGGAUGGUAUAUGGUGUGUGUCAUUAUAGAGCGACUUCCAUUUUAACGCAAAUCCUGUUUACGUGUUGUUUACAUUUGAAUCCAGAUAUUGCAUAAACACAUUAGAGAACGUGUUCUGGUCACCCGUUUCAGCGGCUGCUACAGAUGAGAAGAACCAGGAAAAAUCUGCCGGGUCAUCAGAAGUUGCUAUGCAGGCUUUUGUAGGCUUUCACACGCAUGAUUGGUCAUCAUUUCUUUUUGUCCAGAUCCACCCCGUUGUUACCUUUCCUUUAACCUGACUGUGUUAUCUGUGAAAUGCCGUCCCUAACACGAACAAAUGAGGAAAGCAAAGGUGAACAGGCUGCCUCCCACCUGAGGAGCUGUUUUUGUUUUAACCUAAAUCUUACCCUCAUGUUACAGCAGAAAUGCUCACUACCCCAAACCUGACAUGCCAUUGCAAAUUAGUGCAGGCUGAUGUAACAGCGUGCUGUCGUCAUUUCUCCACCACCAAAGAUAGGGUUUCACCCACAUCUCUGUUUGUCUCCAUGGGAAGAUUUCCUUGAAAGCAGUCCUGGAGACUGAUGAUGUCAGCUGCAUCACUUUGGCCUCAGAUUGCGCUUUGAUACUUGAAUGCCAGUGCUGGCCUGCCAAGACCCCCGUCCAGCGUAGAUUCUAAUCAGAGGGAAGCCAGGGCCAAGAGGCUUUUUAGCUGAAAUAAGCAGGGAGGCCUAAUCAGAGUCUGGAUGGAGGCAGUGAAAACAGACAAAGCCCCUGGAGGCCUGAUUUAAGCAGAUUCUGUCUGUCUUUUGAAUGCAAUAACUCUGAGAAAGGGUUAAAAAAAAAACUUGUGCCUCAGGCCUAGAUGGAUACUGGACAUGAAAAAAAUGUACAGCACAGCUCUGUGUCAGUGUACCUAAUAUUAAGAUGACUUUAAAGCCAUUUUUUUUAAUGAGAAGAGCGUAAUCCAAACAAAAAGUUUAUUCCAUUUUGUGUCUACUGUAUUUCAUAGCUGCAAACUGAAGCCACUGUUUUGUUUUCUAGUGAGUCUUGGUGUAGUGAUAUGUGCUGACAGACUGACAGAGCUGUGCAGCAAACCAUGAAGACAAAAAUAUGGUUCUGAACCGCACCUGGUGAAACUUCCUGAGAAGUUAUAUAAUGCAUAGUUCCUACAGCUGAUUUUUUUUUAAAUAUCCAAAUGGCUCAGAGUUUCUCAUACUGGUUUCAGUCAGGUGGUAUUUCAUGAUUCAUCCAGCUGAAUGAUGAUGACUCCAUUGUUUUUAAAGAAAAUGGUCCUUUGUAAGCUGUAAGUGGUGCUAAUGGGAAUGUUUUAAGAGAGAGUGAAGCUGUUUGAGGGCUUUGCAUCAUUUCAAAAAGCUCAAUAUGUUCUCUUGUUUUCCCUUUUGUGUUUGUCCUGACCUGGAUGAGUUCUGACUUGUCUUCAUCAAAUCGUCAUUGUUCAUUUGGAACAUUUCUCUCAUCUGUAUUUCACACGUUCGCACUCUUAAAUUCCUAAUCAUUGAGACCUGAGUGCCAGCAGAGCCAGUUCUUAUUCUAGCUUGUAUUACCUUGUGUAAAGAAAAAAAAAAAAUUUAAAACCAAUUUCUGAUCCAUCCUGAUGAGGAUUUUAAGAUUUCUGCUGCUUCUGUGAUUUUUUGACUCCUGACAGAGGACCAGUCAUUGACUGUCAUUCCAGAGUUGGGCAUUGUGCAAUGUUGAACAGUAAUUCACUGAAAGGGAAACUUGAUUUUUUUAUGUUCUUAAUUGUGGUACUUUUAACAUAAAUGUGAACUGAAACUAUCCCAAUAAAUGGUUCCUUUGUAAUUCAAA